AUGUCUGAUUCAGGUGAAUCUGUACCGGUAUCUGACAAUGGCAAUUCUGUCAACAGCGGCGACUCUUUGUUUUCCGAGCAAAUCGCUGCUGCUCCUGUAGUUGAUUCCACUACUGCAGGCUCCAAUCCCGAUGGAUCAGUUCUCGACGAGUCCAAUCUUGGUGCUCCUGGGUCUAGUACUUCAGGAGUGUCUGAUGAGACUGUUGGUAAGACUAUGAUCACCAUUCGAUCUCUCGUAACCUCGAAAGAAGCCGGUGCCAUUAUUGGCAAGAACGGUAAAAACGUUGCUGACUUGCGAGAUGAAACCGGUGUUAAAGCCGGUGUAUCAAAACCAGUUCGUGGUGUUCAUGAUAGAGUACUUACUAUUACUGGUACCCUUGAAGGGGUUGCUAGAGCCUAUUCAAUGGCCGGUCAGACUUUAGUCGAUAACCCUCCUACCCUGCCAUAUGUGCACUCGUUAUCACCACCUGCCCCACCAGGAGUUACUACUGUCAGACUAUUAAUCCCUCAUCAACAGAUGGGAUCUGUUAUUGGCAGACAGGGAUUAAAAAUCAAGUCUAUUCAGGAAAACUCUCGGGUCCGUAUGGUCGCAUCCAAAGAAAUGCUGCCUCAAUCGACCGAAAGAGUAGUGGAGAUCCAGGGAACUCCCGAAUCCCUGAAAACCGCUAUUUGGGAGGUUGGCAAGUGUCUUUUGGACGACUGGGAAAGAGCCGCUGGUAGUAUUCUUUACGUUCCCCAGCUGCGUCCGCGAGGCGAGGGACCUCUUGACAUAUCACUUUCGGCGGUUUCUGGUCGUCACCCCAACAGCACUGGCGGAGCAGGCUUUGCUAGUUCCAACAACGGCGGUGGCUUCAAUGGUUCAGCCGGCCGGUUCAACCGAGGAGGAUUUCCUGGUCCCGGCAACCACCUCGUCGCCGGUAAUGGCCCUGAGGACGAGCACGAUUUCACCGAUCAAGAAAUCACCAUCCCCGCUGAUAUGGUCGGAUGUAUUAUUGGCAAAGGAGGCGCCAAGAUCCAAGAAAUCCGCCGAGAAAGCGGCGCCAAGAUCUCCAUUGCCAAACAGGCCAUUGAUGAGAGCGGCGAGCGACUUUUCACCAUCCGCGGCACCCCACAGGCCAACGAACGAGCCCUUUUCCUGCUGUACGAACAGCUCGAGCAGGAGAAGCUCAGAAGAUCCGAAGAAAACUAA